UUGCCUGCCCUUCUCUCACUGGAGGUGGUCCCUUCUUAUCCUUGGUCCCACACGUCGGGAGGUUUGGGUUUCUUCUUAGGUAUAUGUAAAAGUAACAGCGCGUGGGAGAAGCAUUCUUGACCGGGUUCGUGGUUUCCUUCUGCUCUCCCUGCCUCUCUGCCUCCUGUCUCGUCCCACUUCCCCCCGCCUGCGCCUCUUCGCCUUACUCUCGUCCGCCAUCCAGCCACCAUUGUCGCUCGUUCUCGUUGUUCAUCGGUCAUCAACGGCUCGCUCGUUGUCUGCUUACCCCGUCGUCGGCUUGUUUCGGCAUGGCUCCUCGCGCUGCUGCUGUUGUGUUUGGUUAGGGGAUGCUGCAUCUGCUUGUGCGUGUUCCUCUUCAUUCUUUCCGAGGCAUGUGUGUGCUCAGGUUGCCAUUGUUCUUUGUCUGCUGCUGGUAGGCAUGUGCGUGCUCAGGUCUUCCUCUGUGACGUUUGGCUGCUUGGUCGCCUGGUUUUCACGCCCCCGGUUCGCCAGAUUUGUGCUGUGGGUCAGCUCACAUGACGCCUCUCGCUCCGUCUUCCGGCUUGGCAAGAUGUCGGGCCAGAGGAUGAGCCUUCUCUCCCAGAUCAAUGACAGAGAGAUGUUCUGGAAUGCUAAGGUUCUGGUGUCCCGCAUGUGGCACUACCGAGGUGGGACCGAUGAAGGUGCCAUUAUGCAUACUGACAUUGUGGUGCUUGACAAAGAGGGAACCCACAUGUAUGGCCGGAUCCCUACUGAGCCAGCUAUCAGCCUGCAAGAUGUCUUGCAGGAAGGCAGUGUUUAUAUAAUGAAGAGAUUCAUGUGCAAACCAUCAAAGCCCACUUACAGGGUUGUUGACAGCCCAUUUAUGAUGCAGUUCACUCGCUUUACUACUGUUGAUCCUGUGGUGGAUGAUGAAGAAGAUUUCCCAUACUGCACUUACAGCCUUAUGUCCUUCUCGGAUAUCCCAAUACCAGAUGUGAUUGGCCGGAUUAUUGCUGUCACAGACAUUGUUGUUGUACACUCACAACAUCAAGCUGGUCCUUCAGAUACCAGGACUGUGGUUCUCCAGGAUCAAAUCGGAAAUGAAAUCAGCCUUGUUCUCUGGGGUGCUCGAGCCCAUGAGUUCGAGGUAGAAGAGGUCCGUGCUGCAAGUGAAUCCACAGUUGUCAUUGCUAUCUUUGUAGGAACACUGCCAAAAGCAUACCGAGGUAUUAAAGGCCUGAGUGGUAGCUCUGCAUGCCGCUGGUACAUUGAUGAGGACCCGCCAGAGAUGAAUGCCUUUCGUGCUAGCCUUGCAGAAGGGCUUCCUGCCGUCACUGCUCACAUCCCAGGAGAACAAGCGAUUGUUCCAGCACCUGUUCACGAACCUCCUGUUGAAUUGACUGUUCAGGAGUUGCUUGCCCUUGACCCAUUUGACAACUUGAAGAAACAGUUUAUUGUCAAGGUUACUAUCACAGGCUUGGGCUCUGACAACCGCUGGUGGUUCCUCUCGUGCCGGAAAUGCCAUAAAACAGCCUACACCUCCGGAUGGCAGUACCGUUGCUCAGACUAUGACUGUUCUUCUAUCAUAGCAGAUCCUUCAUACUACGUGUGUACUUUCGAAAGCGAUGGCGCAAAUGAAGCAGAAUUUAUGUUCUUUGAUAGGGCUGCAAAACAAGUUGUUGGCAAGCCACUCAUGACUUUGAUUCACUGCAAGUACCCAGGUUUUACAAGUGCGCUUGAUCUUGCUCAGAUAGGAGGUUCUGAUGUAGGUUUGCCUGUUGAAAUUUCCCGCCUUGUUACCCAGAAGUAUAGGCUGGUCGUUUCUAUCUCCAACAAGAAUUUUCAGCCUGCAAGCACCCAGCUGUCCUUCCAAGUUGGUAGAAUUGAUGAAACCUUUAAGCCUGACCUUGUACCCUUUGCAUCUGCUAGUGCAUCAUCUUCCUCUGGAGCAUCGUCUUCUGCUAAGGGCUCAGACAUGACAGUGCCCAUUCCCACCUCUUUCUCUACAGGAUCGUCUACACUCGUUGUGCUACCUCUCGAUGAGAUGAACACUCCUAUAUCUGCAUUCAAAGGUAAAGGACAGGCUAUUGUGCCUAAAACACCCAGCCGGUCCCCAUGCCCAAAAAGUGCUCGCCGCAAGCUUCUUAUUGGCCCCCCUAAGUCUAAGGGCACUGAACUACCUGCCUCUGUUAGCAACGUUACUGUCCAGGCUGGAAAGGUUGUCGCAGUUACCCAAACUGAAGAGGUUGCCGCCACUGGAAAUGUUGUUCAGCCUACACCCAUGCCAACCGUUCGACAUGAGACUGAAACCACAACUGCUGAGGAUCCAAAGAUCAUCAUUCCUGACCCCUCUAAGGCCAAGAGGACAAACAACCCUAGCAAGGGUGCUGGCAUCCCAAAGAAACUAAAGCAGUAGUUCUUUCAUGGAGUGGUCGUUCCAUGUAGUAAUCUAAAUAUGUACAUACGGGUUUCUUCUAUGUUCUGCUUGCUUAUCAAGUAAAGUCUACGAUGGACGGAUGUCGUGCUGAACAGGCCUUCUCAACUGUACUGCAUCACAGCAGCGGUUUGGCCAUCGGGCUGGGUUUGAAGAUCGUCGACUCAGUGCGCUUUUGGGCAUGCACUGGAUUUACUUUUGUGCGGCUUUAUAAGAUAGGGCUUUGACGCCUGCAGAAUUGUGUUAAACCGCUGUCAUGACAACUCCUUUAUUUACGUCCUCGAACAAAGCAUCAUGUGUUGUAAAUAUCGCCGUUAGCUCUUCCUGUCUGAACUCCUUGUGACAACUAUCCACUGUAAAUACCGCUGGAUCAUGCUGCUUGCUCUAAGUCCUCUUGUUGUUCU